GGAAGGGCAAAGGGUUAAAUGGGGCCGUUCCUCAGUGACUAAUCAGCAGGCUUGAUGGCUUGUGGGGUCUGGUCUUUUUUUUUUCUCUCAGCAGAUGGGAACCAGUCGGCCUGGCAGUUUGGUGACAAGGGUCAAGGGUACUUGACUUCUCCAGUUUCUUUCCCAGCCUGCUUCUGGCUGGCAGCAGUGUUAAGUCGGGAUCUGGCUUCAAUCGGUUUCCUUUUUGGCCUCUGUGUGCGUGUCUGUGGGUGUGGGGGUGGAAUGCAUGUGUUCUGGUUCUGGUGGUAUCUUUGCAAGCACACCACAAUCAUUCACGGCAACUGAACUGCAACUGCCAGACAGACUACGCGGGAGACAGACUUCGAAUUUUGACGCGAAGAUGGGUGACAAGUUGCGAGUCGGUGGCUGGGUCCAAAGGUCAAGCCUCCUUCCAGAAAUUCAAUCAGUCAUUACGUACCUGCAACAAGUUCA